UGCUCGCCGUCCGCCGCCUCCCGCAUCCUCCGCCGCCCGCCACGUUACGAUAUCUGGCGGCUGGCCGGCUGACAAGGGGGGGCGAGCGGGGGGGGGGAGGCUCGCUCGCGCCGAGCGCGUCCCCGAUGGACUUGCAGCGCGCGACCUCCGCGAUCGCCGGCCGGAGGGCAGUCGGGGCGGGGGCCGCAACCGGAAGGCUCCGCGCCGAUCGAUCGAUCGCCUCCCGAAUGCUUUCCGUUGACGGGAGGGGGCCCGCCGACGGAGGAAUGACAAGUUGACGGCGGCGUCAUUUGGGAUCGUCGAAAUGGCUUCGGGCUCCGGGAAAGCGAUCUAGAGUCCCGGGCCGGGAUCCGCCGUCAACGGGAAUGCGGCGGAGUUCCCGAGCGCCGACCACGAGAACUGCGACUUCCACAUGCACAACAAGAUGUGCAAGAAGAUCGCUCAGCUCACCAAGGUGAUUUAUUCCCUCAACAUGAAGAACGAGGAGCAGGAGGCGGCCCUGCAGGCCUUGAACGAGGACCACGGCAAGGAGCUGCGCCGCAUCCUGACGGAGACGUGUCAAGAGGAGGACGGCUCGGCGCUGAGGACGCGACUCCUCCAGCUGCAGGAGUCUCUGGACGAGCAGCAGCGGGUCGGAGCGCAGGUACAAGCCGACUUUGAGUUCUUCCGCAUGCAGUCGGAGGAGAGGGGACGCGAAACUGAAGCCGAACUGAGACGGGAUUUCGAGGAGAGGCUCCGCUUCGCCCGGGAGGAGCUCCGAGAGGCCGAGUCCCGGAUCGACGCCGCUCGGGAGGAAAACCUGCGACUGGGCAAAGAACUGGAACGGGCCGAGGAGACCGUCCGAGAUCUGAGCGACGGACGCGAGCCCGCCGGGCGGUCGCUUCGCGACGACGAGAAGAAGGAGACGCGGCAGAAGGCUGAAGAUGAGGAGUCGGAGAGCGUGAAAAAGCUUCGGGAGGAGGUGAACGUGAUGAAGGAGGAAACGGAUCGAAGGGAGGAGGCGCAAAGGCGAGCGGCCGACGAGGAAAGAGAGCGCUGGGAGCGGCGGCUCCGAGACGAGAAAGAAGAAAUGAGGAAGGAGAUGGAGGCCGAAUGGCGGGAGGAGCAGCGCAGGCGGGAGCAGAGGGAGGACGAGGAGAAGAAAGGAAUGCACAGCGCUCUCAAGGAACGAGUGAAGAAAGCCGAGGCCGAGGUGGAAAGUCAUCUGGAGAGGCAGGCCGAGCGCAAGCGCAACGCGCUCAAACUGCAGGAACGGAUUCAGAACCUGGAGGAAGAGCUGGAAGCGGACCGGAAACGCGCGUCCGAAGCCGAGGCCUCGGCCAAACGGGCGGAGGAGGAGCUGGCCGUGGCCAAAGAGAGGCUCCUGCUGCAGGAAGACGAGCUGCAGAGCCGAGCAGAAGAACUGCUGAACGCGGGCUGCAAGGCGUGCGCGUGCGACGACGUCGAAGACCUGAAGAGUCAGCUGAGUCGUCUCCAGAGCAGGAACCGAGAGUUGGAGCUCCAAAACAGCGGAAGGAACAGCGACCACGCGCGGCAGAUCCGCCAGCACGCCGAGGCCCUGUCCAGUCUGCGUUCUGAGAUGGUGAGGGCCCAGACCGAAGAGCUGCGGCGCAUCCAGAAACACGCUGACGAGGAGCGCGACAAGCUGCGGAGGGAGCUGGACAAGGAGCGAGAGAACCUGCAGAAGGAAAGAGAGCAAGAAAAAAGCCACUCGGACAAGGAGAGAAACCGACUGCGGCGGGAGCGAGACGAGGAGAAGGAGGCGCUGCGUCGCGAGGCCGACGCCAUCGGGGAACGCGUGAGGAGGGAAACGGAGGAGGAGGCGCAGCGUCUCCGCAAGGAGCUGGAGGUGGAGCGGGUCCGCGUCCGGGCCCAGUUGGACAAGAACUUCGAGCAGGUGGAGGCGCAGAAGGCGGCUCUGCGGCACAAGCUGGACGAGGAGAAGAGGAGGCUGGCGGAGAAGGCCGAGGAGGACAGGAGGCGGCUCAAGGAGCAGGUGCGGAAGGCCAUCGAGGAGGUCAUGCGCAGGCACGCCGCCGAGCUGCACGCCGUCCGGGAAGCUCUCGACUCGGAGAAGACGACCAACCGAGAGGUUUGUGGGCAUCUCGAAGAGGAGAGACGCAAAAAUGGGGAACUUCACGACAGGCUGGAGAGAGACCGACAAGAACUGGAGCUCAAACUCAAAGAUGCCGACAACGAGAUCUUUCGUCUGAAGACGGCCACGCAGCAUCAAGGGGAGAAGGACCGAGCGGCGGCGGAGGAGACGUCGGCCCCGUGCGGAGCGCAAUGUUGGCGCCUGCGCCAGGACCUGCAGCGGGCCCAAAGCCGCUUGACUCGCCUGCAGGAUGAGGCGGAGGAGCAGCGAACGAGACAGCAGAGCGACGUCGCCGACAGACACCGGCCGGAGGAGAAGCUUCUGGAACUGAGUCGGCUCGACGCCGAGAGGAACAUUCUGGAGGGCGGCCGGCGCGCCGCGGAUGAACGCGUCAGAGCGGAGUGCGAGGACGCCCUCAGGGCCGAGUUCCGGAUCGAGAUGAACGCCGCCGUGGCCGAGAGCGAGCAGAGGUGGCGCCAACGCGAGGCCGAGUUGCACGCGAGGAUGGCGAAACUGACCGCUCAACUGGAUCAGCUGCAGACCGAGUCGAAGAAGGAGGAAGCCGAAGCCGAUUCCCGCGGCGACCUCGAGAUGGGCAAGCUGAGGAAGGAGGUGGAGGACACCAAGGAGAUGAACACGAAGCUGCGGGAGCUGCUGCAGGAGCCCCAAAGUUUGGCCGAGGAGCGCCACAACCACGCCGCCCAGCUGCAAGCGCUGGAGAGACAAGCCAGAGACGACGCGCUGUCCGAGAGGAACAGACUGCAGACCGUGCACCGCCUGGAGUUAGAUAAGCAGCGCGCCGAGUUGACCCAGCAGCACACGGAGUGGACCAGGCAGACCACCCAGAGACACAUGCAGCAGAUUGAAGACCUUCAGAACCAACUGCAAGCGCACACGCAGAUGAUGGCGCUGCAGCAGGACCUGAAGCAGCAGAACCAGAACCAAGUGUUUGAGCGGCAGCUGGACGAGAGUCGCUGCGCCAUGCUGGAGCUUCAGAGGGAGAACGCUGCGCUCAAGAAGCGAUUGCACGACAAGUCCAUUCAGGCGACGCCCAAGCUGGAAGCAAAAGAAGAAGCGGGCCCGGAUUUGCAAAAGACCGGCGACGUCCAUCUGGAAGACGAAGCGAUGCGCCUGAAGGAGGAGGUGGAGAAACUGCGGGUGGAGAUGGAGACGCUGGAAGAGUCGCACAAACUCUGGGAGGAGAAGAAGGAAGACGACGACCAGGAGGAGGAAGAGGAAGAGAGGAGGAGGACAAAGGAGCUGGAGGACAUCAGGAAGGAGCACAAGCGGGAGAUUCAGAAUUUGCUGUCGGAAUACGGCGGCGCUCAGAUGCAGCUCCAGGCUCGCAUCGUGGCCCUGGAGAACGAGUUGCGGGAGCGCGAGGAGCGCUGCAGGAGGAGGGACCCCCGCUGGGACCGCCGACUCCAGCUGGGGAAGCUGCAGGAGAGGCUGACGGAACGAGAGCAGCUCAUCAAACGAUUGGUGCUCUUACGACGACGACAUCUGUGCGGGUUUCGGCACGGCAACGGCUAUUUUGGGCGAGUCGUCCGCAAUGAGGAAGAACGGCAUCAGCUGCAAGUCCACCCCCCCCCUGUUGUCGGGGACGACGGCGGCCUCAGGAUCUGUGAGAAGAAGCCCCGCCCCGGGAGCGUCACGCCGACCACGAGGAGGAAGGCCGCUGAGGGCGCCCCCGGCCCGUCCUCGUCCACGCUGCCUCACCAGCCCACGUCGCAGCCCCGGGCGUCGCCCCGCUACUCCAGCUCGUCUCUUCCGCACAAGCACGCGUCCCCGUCCCCCCCGUCGCUGCCCCGCUCCCCGAGAUCCCGGACCUCCUGCGUCCCUCCCACGCCGGCGCCCACCGGCCCGCUGCCCGUCUGCCCCUCGCCGCAGACGGCCAUUCGCUACGUGUCGCCGGCCUCGUACCUGCAGGCGCGCUCAAUCAGGGGGCCUUAUCUGGAGCAGAGAGGCGCCGAGGGUCUGAAACAGGAGUGGUUCACCAAGUAUUUCUCCUUCUGAGCACAAACACGAGCCGGCCGGCACUUGACGGCUUCCCGCUACACGUGCGCGCUCUCGCCACGUACACGCAGUCGAGCGGGAGCCCCGCCAGUUUUUCCACAAGGUCAGACGUGCGAAGACGUCCCCCGGUCGCCGCGCGGGUUAAUGGAAUCCAGUUCUGUGAAACGAGCCGGCCGGCGCGGACCUCGACCCAAAAUGUACGUCGAUGCGGGCCCGUCACCAGCGAGGCCAUCUCCGACAUUGCCUCAAAGCUCAACCAAAAAGUGCUUCUCCAAACACAUGCCUGACCUCCCGUCGGCCUCCCGGAUCUCCCCCUUGUGUUUCCAUCCGUUAGUUUUGUUGUUGUUUUUUGAAGCAGUCUUCCUUUUUUUUGCUCGAAUCGGAUCACACGCCGACUGAAGGCGAAUCUCGCGAUUUCGCCGACCAAAUGUCACUUCCGUUUGAGGCGCGGGCAUUUGAUGUACUGUGUUCAAUCAAAAUCUUCAUUAAUACAAACAUUUCUCACUUCCUGCACCAAAAUGAAGCUUGUUUUGAUGCAAAUAGUCUUAAUGAGCACCUUGAAUAAAUAUUGUGUUUUUGUACUCGA